UUCCUGGAGACUGGCUGAAUCCGGAAGUGAUCCCCGAGGACCGAGUUGCGGUGGAGGACCCCAGCCGCGGGGCCAGGUUCGGGACCAUGAGCUGGAUUCCUUUCAAGAUUGGGCAGCCCAAGAAACAGAUUGUCCCCAAAACAGUGGAGAGAGACUUUGAAAGGGAGUAUGGAAAACUCCAGCAGCUGGAAGAGCAGACCAGGAGGCUGCAAAAGGACAUGAAGAAGAGCACCGAUGCUGACCUGGCCAUGUCCAAAUCUGCUGUAAAGAUAUCCCUGGACUUGCUAUCCAAUCCCCUCUGCGAGCAAGACCAGGAUUUUCUGAACAUGGUGACAGCGCUGGACACGGCCAUGAAACGGAUGGACGCCUUCAACCAAGAAAAGGUGAACCAGAUUCAAAAGACUGUGAUUGAACCCUUAAAAAAGUUCGGCAGUGUGUUCCCGAGUCUCAACAUGGCUGUGAAACGGCGGGAGCAGGCCUUGCAGGACUACAGGAGGCUGCAGGCCAAGGUGGAGAAGUAUGAGGAGAAGGAGAAGACGGGGCCGGUGCUGGCCAAACUCCACCAGGCCCGAGAAGAGCUUCGGCCUGUGCGGGAGGAUUUCGAGGCCAAGAACAAGCAGCUCCUGGAUGAGAUGCCGCGGUUCCACAACAGCCGGCUCGACUACUUCCAGCCCAGCUUUGAGUCCCUGAUCCGUGCACAGGUCGUCUACUACUCUGAAAUGCAUAAGAUCUUCGGAGACCUGACCCAACAGCUUGACCAGCCCGGCCACUCCGAUGAGCAGCGGGAGCGGGAGAAUGAAGCCAAACUGAGCGAGCUCAGAGCCCUCUCUAUUGUGGCCGAUGACUGACUGUGGCGGGAAGACUCCUGGGAUACAAGUCAGCCUCUCUAGUCUUUGCCCUUUUCAAGCUUAGGCUCAGGCAUCUGCAAAGGCCCUGCCCAGAAGUGCAGGGCUAGCGGCUCUCACCCUACCUCACCAGCCCUUUGGAAUGAGCCCAGCACCCAGAGCCCCAGGCAGGCUGCUACCUCCCCACCCAUGAGCAGGAGCCUGCACUCAGGUAAGCAGCCCAGAAAAACCCCAGGCGGCGGGUUAUUUCCAGAACCGUCCAGUGCCUCCCGGCCCAGGGAGGCUCCGUCAGCUCACCUGCGGUCUCAGCCUUACCUUUGUGGUUGGGAUGACACCUACCUCCAAGACCCAUCCUGGGGAGUCCACCCACCCUGCUGCUUUCCCACUUCACUGCUUUUCUGAGAGGGCCACACCUGCCCUGGGAAAUGUGAGUGCCGUGGUCCUCCGGCCCUUACCGGCCCGACUCUAGCCUCCCAGGAUGACAAAGGCUGGCUUAGCCCAUUUCUAUCCUUUAGGUCAAGUGCAGGGGCAGACCCCAAGUCUUGUAGUUUCCCUAGGAAUGGGCUACAGUGGACUCUAUCCAUGUAAACAACCUACCACAAAAAAAUGUCA